CCCUUUAUAUAUUGAUAUAUCUUUACACCAUCAAGCGUCUCAGAUAACAGUUUUUAUUGAUAUACCAGUUUUUAAUGACUCGAUUAUUUUUUUUCUAAAGUCUCAUAUGUACACAGUGUAAUUCGAUCUGUUUACUUUGAUGUGCCACACAAUGACUUUCUAGCUUUUUUUUUUUUGCACAAAAACUUCCAUUACGAGAGUAACAAGUUGGUAAAUAUGGCACGAAAAGUAUUUUUGUGGAGUGCCUCUCGUUGUAUUUCAACAGCCUUUGAAAGAUCAAUGAUGGAAAUCCAAAACACACAUUUUCUUCAUGAACCAUACACAGCCAGUUAUUAUUACGGUCCAGAACGGCAAAGCAGCAGGUACGUGUCUACUCCGGUUGAUCCAAAUGUUUCGUAUCAGGAAAGGUUUCAACUGCUGACUAAAAAUUACGAGGGUAUGCAGGCUGUAUUUUCAAAGAAUUUAGCUUACACUAUCGAAAAUCAUUUUGAAGAAUUGCUGAGGACUGAAUUACGGGAAUUUCAACACACCUUUCUAAUCCGAAAUCCUAGAAAAUCAGUUAUCAGCCUCUAUAGAGUGUCACUCGAUCCACUAUUUUUAAAUUGGGAUUUCUUUGAUCCUGUCGAAGCUGGAUUCAAGCAACUGUAUGAUUUGUAUCAGUUCAUUAAAAUUCACUUAGACCAGCAACCGGUGGUUAUUGAUGCCGAUGAUUUGUUGGUUAACCCGGCUGGUACAAUGAAAGCCUACUGCAAGGCGACGAAUCUGCCUUUUAGUGAAGAUAUGUUGCAAUGGGAGCCUGGCUUGAUUCCAACGUGCCCAUUUAGUGUGUGGCAUUCGAAAAUGGCAAAAAGUGCUGGCUUCAUUAAGCAAACAGCUGAACAACUUGAAAACUUCGAAAACCUAGAUGACUUUCCGAUUGAAGUGCAAACCUGCGUGAAAGAAAGUGAGAGUUACUAUGAACUUUUAAAAAAACAAAAAACAUUACCUAUUAAUGUUAAUUAAUCUGAUUUGAUGAAGAAAGUCUCUACAUUCUUGUUUAUAUUAAGGCUUUUUUUCCUAAAAUCCAUAGAAUACAUGAAACAAUCGCUGUU